CGGCCGCCGCCAUGUUGGAGCCCGGCCUCCCGCUCCUCCUCCUCGGCCUCCUCAUGGGCGGGCGGGCGCAGGGCGGCUGCGUGGAGGUGGCGUCGGGCAGCGAGGCCGUGCUGGGGCUCCCCUUCCGCCUCCUGUGCAUCGCCUGCAAGCGCCGCAGCGAGACCCCCGCCGAGGCCAGCGCGGAGUGGUUCUUCCGAGGGGAGGGGGAGGCCGCAUUCCAUAAGAUCCUGGAGUACAGCCCCGAGGAGCCGCCGUGGGUGGCGCCGGGCCCCUUCCUGGGGGUGCUGUCGUGGAACGGCUCCCGGGGCACGCGGGACCUGCAGGACCUCUCGGUGCGGCUCGAGGCCGUGGGGCGGCCCCACGGCGGCCACUACGUCUGCCGCCUGCGCCGCAACCUCACCUUCGAGGGCUACGUCUACAGCCUGGCGCGCAACCAGACCCUGCGCCUCGCCGUGGUGGAGCGCGCGCGCCGGGACCUGGCGUCCAUCGUGUCCGAGGUGCUCAUGUACGUGCUCAUCGUGGUGCUCACGCUGUGGUUGGCCGCAGAGAUGCUCUACUGCUACCGCAAGGUGGCGGCAGCAGCCCCGCCCCCCGACAGCGCGUCCGAGUACCUGGCCAUCACCUCGGAGAGCAAAGAGAACUGCGCAGGGGUGCAGGUGGCCGAGUAGCACCCAUGGGUGCUGCUGCCCCCCCCCCUCCCCCUAUAGCACCCAUAGCACCCACCCCCCCUUACACAGCGCCCCCCCCUGCAAUAACCCCCCCGGGGGGGGCGGCCCGGCCCCCCCCCCCUGCACCCAGCACCAUUGCACGGCUCCUAUGGAAGGGGUACAGCACCCAUGGGUGCUCCUAUGGAUGGCUGUUGGCACCCAUGGGUGCUCCUGUGGAUGGCUAUUGG